AUGAAAGAGAUUCUCAGUUCAUCUUAUUUUGCGAAAUUUGGUUUCCGAUCGGAGCGAGAUGGCCGAAGGAGCGAGCAGAAGCACUUUCAUCUGCCUCUCAUCCGAUGAGGAAGAUGAACUAGAAUCGGAAGGAGAAGUUGACAGCGAUUCCGAUGAUGAGGAAAGCAGCGAUCGCGGGUUCUUCAGCGAAGAAGCAGAAAACGAUGAAUCGGAUGAUAGUGAUGAGAACGAGGAUGAAGAUGACGAUGAGUCUCUCUGCAAUCGAGUUAUUUGCCUUCUUGAAGAGGGUGGUGACCUGGAAGCUUUAAGCCUAAAAGAAUGCAAAGCAUAUUUACGGAAGCAUGGCUUACGAAUUGCUGGUACUAAGGCAGUGUGUAUCCAGAGAAUUGUAGAGCAUUGGAGGUGAGUGGUCCUGGUUCACCAUUUACUUGGACUUGUGUUCACCAUUUAUGGGCUCAGUUUAUUGCUGUGUUGUUGCUUAGGUGGUGAUAAAAAAAAAAAAGAAAAAAAAAGAGGGUGAUUUGAAGCCAGUAGUCUAUCAAAUUCAUGCCCUAGUCUCUAUUAAUUUUGUAAUAUGUGAAUUUUUACCUUCAAGAUUGGAGAAUUGAUUCAUUGUGUAGUCUUUUUUCUCAUCUUUUCUCCUUAGAAUAAAAGAUGGGAAUGGUGAAGCGCUUUAUCCUAGGUCCUCUUUCUUCAUCAAUUGUACAGGUGAUGUCUGUAAGGGAGAUGUUGUUCUGUUCACACAAAAAGUCCAUGAGAAGUUUGACAAAGUGAAGAGGCAUGGGAGAUGUCUUGGGAGGAGAACUGUUGCUGGAAGGGUUGUUAAGGAAAGCUAUGGUGCAGCCAAACAACAGCAUACAUUCACGGUAAUGCUAAAGCUUUUUCUUAUUGUUGGAAGAAUAUCAAGAGUUGGUCUACUAAGUGUAAGUUGUACAUACUUUUAAAGUGUCUAAUAAACUACAAUAUGAAGGGACAAUGGAAGAUUGAUGAUAAUUUGUUCCGUUACAGCAUUUAUUGAAAUAUUCAGCAAAAUGUUUGUUUUGCAACCUAAUAGUGUUUUCUAUUUAAUCCAUGUUUGUUAUACACAAGGUUGAAGUAUUGUGGAGCAAAGGAACUAAGAAUUUGCCCCCACUGUUUCCAAUGCUUGUGAAGGGUCGUAAUCUUUAUAAAUUGAGAACUUUCAGACAGUGUUGGAAAAAUGAAGCAGAAAGAAGAAAAGUGCUUGCUGAGAAGCAUAGACGAGGUACAGCAGCAAGACUGGUGAAAGCAAUGAGGAAAACAAGGAAACCAUCUGCAAAUGUUGUUUUAGGUGCAACACAUCAUAAGCAUGUACAUCAUUCAAGGUCAUCACAAAUUAUGAAAACAACUGAGAAUGAGAGAGGAAAGUAUGUCAAUACACAUAGAAAAACUUCUACUCAUGGACGUGUCAAAUCUGGUGUUCAUCAUCUCUGUAACCAUGGGGUCCGUCAGGUGAAUAUGAAGCACAAUGGAAGGUUAAGAGCUUCUAAUUCUCCACUUAGGCAUAAAACAUCUGCUUUUCUCACUAAAGAUAUGGGUCCUAUUCAUCAGCCAAAUGCUGAUCCUUACCUAAAUCCUUAUCAUUCUCAAAUACAAUUUCACCACAGCAGCAUACUGAGCCGUUUCUCCAGCUAUGACAUGGGAUCCACUUCAACCAUGGAGUUCAACCAGCACAAUUGGCAGAGGAAGUGGCAGAGGAAGAAUAAUUUCUCUUAAGCUGUUCCUUUUCCUAUCUCAUUACAAAGGGUUGUUAAGUGGUAGUCUGUUGUCUCAUGUAAAUGCUCCAGACUCCAGACACAGGUAUGAGACUACUUUUGCACCAUUUACAAGGGUUGUUAAGUGGCAGUCUGUUGCCUUAUGUAAAUGCUCUAGAGGACCUUUUUUUUUUUUUUUUUCCUUUUGGCCAAUGUUGGAAUAACUGAUCUAAUAGAACAUAAUACUGUGUAAACCUGUGCAUCCUCAUCC